ACGUACUACCACUAGCUGCUUGAUUCCUCUCUUCUUCUCCUACCUCCUUCCGACCGCAAGCUCUCUAGCUAGCGAGCUAGCUUCUUCUCCUUAUAAAGGCCAUUCCAGAGCUCCGUCUGCCAUUCCAGACCUGCAAGACUGCAAAAGAAAUCGCUAGCUUUCUGCCUCACUUCUUCUAGCUACCUCAGUUGAUUAAUGGGGUUCCCGGCGGCGGUGCACGCGGAGGUGCCCAAGCUGCUGCUCAACCUCCUCUUCCUGCUCGACCACCUCCAACGCCUCUCCUCCUGGCUGCUCCGCCUUGUCGGCGUUGGCAUACAACACGGCCCGAGCCUCACCUUCGAGUACCCCACCGCCUCCGACUUCGCCCACCACCACCGUCACCAUGGCCUUGAGCUUGAGCUGGAGAAGCAUUCCCCGGCCGUGCGCUUCGACGCGCUCUCCACCACCGGAGACGACACGCUGCUGCCGCCGGAGGGCUGCGCGGUGUGCCUCGGCGACUUCCACGGCGCCGCGCACGUGCGCCGGCCGCGCGGGUGCUGGCACAUCUUCCACCGCGCCUGCCUCGACCGCUGGGCCGCCUACGGCCACCGCACCUGCCCGCUCUGCCGGGCGCCUCUUCUCCCGCCCUUCCUCCUGCCUUUAUCGCUCCCGUCGUCGUGACUCCCGCUGGGUGUUGUUUGCACAAUCCGGCGACUGCAGAAGGCGUAUCCUGACGAGGGUGUUCUGAAUUUGUCGCCUGCGGUUGGGUUUCUAUGGAAAUCAACCCAACCACAGCAAGGGCCAAGGAGGCCAUCGCGGUGAGCUGUUGAAACAUUUUCCGAUCGUCCCCUCCUUUGGAGACAUUCUCACAAUAAAGACCCCAGGGAUGGGGAUUAGUUCCUUGUUCAAGUUUCAGUUAAUUUGGAUUUCGCUCAAGUAAAAAAUCCAUACACCAAGAAGAAAAAGUGGACAUAUGUACAUCAGGAAAUAGAUUACAUGAAGUAGAUCACUGUUCAAGAAUUCCUCCGAUUAUUCGGUUAAAGGGCCAAUGUUAAUCGCUACUCAUAGGGUGGCCGACUCGUAUAA